AUGGCUACUCCAUCUUCACCUUCUGCUAACCCCAGUCCCAAUCUGCCAUCGCCAUCCCAGUCACCACUGCAAACACCACCACUACCUCAAUCGCCUCCACCAUCUUCACCACCACUACCCCAAAACCAAACACCGACCCUCAUCCCGCCGACCCCCCUCGCACCACAAAAUGAAGCCCAAAAUGAAACACCCAUUUUGGAAACCCAGAUUCAAGAACCCAUGCCUGAACCCAUGCCAACCCAGGCCAAAUCUAAAGCUAAAACCAAAAUGACUGCGGGUAAACCCAAGAAAGCCCCUGUCGAAAAAAGAAAAGGAAACCCCUCUGUUUGUUUGGACUUUAACUCUUCACCUAAGCCUGCCAUUGCUCCAGCAGCACCUGCGACAUCUGCCGAUGACAUAGAGGAGGUACUUUCUCCAUUACCUUGGGCUUUUAAAGACAUGAAUAUGAAAAAUGCUUUUGAGAGUUUAGCUUUUAAGCCCAUUUCGACAAACAAAUAUAUGGAUGAAUGUGCUGAUAGGGAGUUAGACAUGGGUUCUAUGAGUGAAAUUUUUGGUUUUCAGGAUUUGGGCUAUAAGAGCAUUGAGUGGCAACAAACCAUUUAUGAUCCUGUUAAGUUCUAG